AAACGCGUAUCGGUGUAGUUUGACUCUCCGUGCUCCCCGUAGCUCCAUGCACUUGAUGCGGAAGCAGCAGUGAAUGGACUCCGAGCUGUUUGUUUGUUUAUCUUCAUCUUUAUUCUUCAUCACAGCCUCGGAUAUUUAUAAUACAUAUUUAUAACACAGUGUCGGUUCAUGGAGCAGGGACACAGGCUGGCUUUGUAACCCGUCGUCUGUCUGUGCUGGAUGUUAUGUCUGUCCUCUCUGUUUCUAAAUAACUUGAACUCAUCAUGAAGCUCCGCUCGUCCGUGUUCGCCUCCUUCAUUUUAACCCUGGAGGUGAUCGGCAUGGCUCUCUUCCUGCGGGGCUUCUUCCCCGCACCUGUCAAGUCUUCUCUCCCGUCAAAGAGCAAGCUGUCAGACCUCCCGCGGGAGCCGCUGUCAGGAGGCUCUCCCAACUCCUCCCGCCUCCCACAGCCUCUCUUCAACAGGGUGGUGAUCAUGUUGGUGGACGCCCUCCGGGAGGACUUCGUGUUCGGACCCAGUGGUCGCAUGUUCAUGCCCUACACCAGACAUGUGGUGGAAAGAGGCUCCUCCAGCAGCUUCGUGGCCAAGGCGAGACCACCGACUGUCACCAUGCCCAGGAUCAAGGCUCUUACCACUGGCAGUAUCCCAGGCUUCAUUGAUGUGGUAAUGAACCUGAAUUCUCCUGCACUGCUGGAAGACAACCUCAUUUGGCAGGCCAAAACAGCGGGGAAGAGGAUAGUCUUCUACGGAGAUGACACCUGGGUGCGCCUCUUCCCCAAACACUUCAUGGAGCACGACGGCACAACUUCUUUCUUCGUGUCCGACUACACUGAGGUUGACAACAACGUGACCCGUCACUUGGAUAGCACCCUUAAGAGAGACGACUGGGACAUUCUGAUCCUCCACUACCUCGGCCUCGACCACAUUGGUCACAUCAGCGGACCCCACAGUUCCCUCAUUCAGCCCAAGCUGCUGGAGAUGGACGACAUCCUGAAGAAGAUUCACAGCGCGCUCAUCUCGAAGGAGGCAGAGGGAUCCCUGCCCUACCUGCUGGUGCUGUGUGGAGACCACGGCAUGUCGGAGACCGGGAGCCACGGAGGCUCCUCGGAGCCAGAAGUCAAUACGCCUCUGGUGCUCAUAAGUCCGGCCUUUAAAAGAAAAGCGGGAAUGGAGAAGCCCGGGGUUGUAGAGCAAGUUGACCUGACUCCGACUCUGGCCCUUGGACUCGGCCUGCCCAUAUCUCAAAACAGCGUGGGUCGUGUCAUCCUGAGUGUUCUGGAGGAAACCUCGCUCCGAGACCAGCUGCGCUUCCUGCAUCUCAAUGGCCACCAGCUCAGCUGCCUGCUCAGAGACAGCACGCCCGGCUAUGAGAAAGAGGCGGGCUUCGAGCAGUUCCGCGUGGCAGAAAAGGCUCAUGGGACCUGGAUGAAGCUGUACCUGGAGGGUAACACCUCCGAGGUGCUGAGCAACAUGGGCAAAAAAGUCCUGAAGCAGUAUCUGGAAGCUUUGGCUGCCAUGAGCUCGGCCCUCAGCAAACAGCUGGGCAAAUACGACAUGUACUCCAUGAUCGCUGGCAUGGUGUUCGUGUUUCAGCUCUUGUUGGUCUUGCUGCUGGCGAUGCCUGAAGCCCUCAGCGGUGAAGCAGUAGUGGACAUCCCAGUCCUCUCAGCCCUGCUCUCCCUGCCUUUCUACCUCCUGUGCCUGCUGCUCGCCUCGGUGCACGUCCUGGUGUGCACGUCAACCGAGAGCUCCUGUUACUUCUGCAGCCUCUCCUGGGGUCUCGUGUUUGCCGCUGUCGCCUUCUCCUCUGCAGUGUUUUGUAUCCUGAUCUCCAUGGCAGCACGCCGACUCCCCCUGGGUCCCAAGAUUCACGGGAAGUCUCCUUUGAGGAGUGGUGGCAGUGAGUGGUCGCUGUCAGAGUUGGAUGUUUUGCUGCUGGCUGGCACGGUCGGACACACUCUGAGCUUGGCGUCGAGCAGCUUCGUAGAGGAAGAGCACCAAAUCUGGUACUUUCUGCUCAACACCCUCUGCCUCGCCGUCUUCCAGGACGUCUGCCGCAAGUACUUCAGAGAGAAGAGAAGCCCUGGAGAUGAAGAAGAGACUGUCCUCCCUUCCAAAGACUGUCAUUCCUCUGAUCACCCCAAGGCAGAGAUUUACCCAGAGAAGUGGCUUGCGUUAGCCACGCCGCCCUUCACUCUGGUCUGCUGUCGACUGCUGCGCUCCCUCAACCAGACGGGGGUGCAGUGGGCUCACAUUCCUGAUGUGGGACACUGGCUUAACAGCUCCGAACACAGGACCGUGCUCUCCCUGCUGGCUGCUUUCUGUCUGGUUCUCAUCUACCUCCUGGUUCAAAGGCGGUGCUCAUGGGUAUCCAAGGUUGCCCUCGCCCUUGGACUUGUGGGCGUCUACUGCUACCGGGCCGCUGUUGGCAAUGUCUCGUUUCCCUGGCAACGCUCGGGUCAAACUACAUCCAAGGGAACAGUGGAGGCCCGCUUUGUUUACGUCUUCAUUCUGGGCAUCCUCUUCACCGGCACCAAGGACCUUCUGCGAUCGCAGAUCAUCACAGCAGAUGCCAAGUUGAAGAGCAGGGGAUUAUGGGAGAUUUACAGUGGCUUGGUCUUGUUGGUUUCGCUGUUGCUUCGCGCUCACAACCUGCCGGUCCUCUGCUGCUGCCUGUUGAUCCAGACGCUCAUGGCUCAGUUCAUCUGGAAGAAGCUGCACUAUGACGCAGCACAAACCACCAUCAUGCAUUACUGGUUUGGUCAGGCCUUCUUUUACUUUCAGGGCAAUUCCAACAACAUUGCCACCGUCGACAUUUCAGUCGGCUUCGUUGGGCUGGAAAGUUACGUAGAAGCACCUGCCAUCUUCUUAACAGCCCUUAGCACUUACGCAGGGCCCCUGCUUUGGGCGUGUCACCUCGUCUGCCAUCUCAGCUCGCAGAGAGACCGGAGCCCGGUUGCAGUCGGCCAUGGCUGCUACUGUUUAGCCCUGCUGAGGUCUGUGCCAGCUGCAGCCUACAUUGUGUUGGUAACUGUUCUGCGGUACCAUCUCUUCAUAUGGAGCGUCUUUUCACCCAAAUUACUGUACGAGUCCAUGCACCUGCUGCUGACUGCAGGAAUCUGUCUCUUCUUCAACACAAUGGAGCAAAGCCACAGUUCCAGUAAGUCUUAGAAGAGCCAAAGACUCACAUCUCACCUUAAAGGAUUGUCUCUCUCUCUCUCCGCGGGGGUCCAACAUAGUCUCUAAGGGUUUCUAAGACUUUCAGACUGAUGCACACUACAACAUGCUUACCCUCUUUUUGUCUCUAGUCUCCUCAUCUGUUCAUAAUAUGUGAAUAUAUGCUUUAAAAAGGUGUGUUUGGUUUGCAAACAAACACUAAGAAUGCACUCCUGAUGUAUUUUUGAUCUAUUUAAAUACUUUGAUCUUUCUAUGGGAAAAUGUCUGCGGGUGAAUAAAAGUGAGAUGAUGUAAAGAUUUUUGAAAGAAUAACUUUUUACGUAAACAUUCUGUAUGUAACCUCAGGGACCGGUAUAGACAGCUGCUUGGACAACAAGGCAGAGUUUGAUGUUUGGGCUUCAUGUAUAAUUCAAUGACUUGGAGUGUAAACGCAGGAUGUCUGAGUGUUUAUGGAGCUGAACUCUUUUUUUGUUAGCAGCUUUAGCAUCGACCUCGCACCCUCGCAGGUGUUUUCAGUUAUUCCGAAGUCGAAUGUUGGGGUGAGCAACGCAAUGCUGGGAAUUACAGGUCAUCAAACUCAUCAGGCCGUUUUCACAGAAGACAUUUUGAUGUGUCACACGUGUGAGUAAUAAUAAUGAGUGAUUAGAUGACUUCAGUUUCAGGGUCCUGGUGUACGGUCGAAUAGUCAUAAAAGUUGCCUCCUAUGUCCUUUCCUAAACACACCUCCUCUCCUUCACACCUUUCCUUGACCUUGUGACGUUUUCCAAAGAUGUGAAGGAGAAUUCAUGAGGACGUCUGACUGCCCUUACGCUAAGCUACCUCGUUAUACAGCGGUGGAUGUUAUUGACGUGAUCUGUGGUGAAACUACAAAUUUCAGAAGAUGGACUACAAAAAUCACAUCCAAGAUACUUCCCCCCAUGUGCUCUUCCUGUGUUUUUCAUGGAGGACAACACGGCAAAAAAUAUGACUUCAUUAUUGCCGUCAGAAUUGAAAGAGAACGGUCGGUCGUGCUCACCCUCCUGUCUACUCAUAUAUAAUCAUAUUAUUAGCAAGUUAUGGCAAAAGAUGAAUGAUUAAUAAUCAACAGUAACUUGUGUAAUGAUGAUCUGCAGGACGCUGGACGUCACAGUUGGAGAAGGUUAGACACAAACAGCUCAUCAGAGUUUAUUUUAAAGCAGCACAGUGAGGACACAGAGCAGGUUUCAUAUCGUCUGUCUGCAGUCUGUACUGAACUACAGACCUGUAGAGUAACAUCAGACCUCAUGAUCAAUGUUUAUAUAUCACUUCAACACGUCUGUCUAGAUUCCUCCUCUCUCUGCUGCAGUCUGCAUCACACUGUUUUAAUAAAGUGAUGUUUUUUAAUGUCUGUGCAUCCAUUUUUUCUGGUUGCUGCCACACAAAGGGAAGCAUUGUAGCUCCUUUCCUUAACAUUUAAAGAAUUUAAACGGCUCUCUAUCAUGGCGCUAUGUAAAUAUUAGAUAGAUAAAUAGACUAUUCGACUGGACCCCUGAUGUCUUUCCAUCAUGACUUAACGAGACACUUGAAUAGAAACGAGAGUCAUCGUAAAUGUCAUUAGUAACGUUCGUGCUUUUCCCGCAGUGACAGGUCAAACUGUCUGCUGUGAGACAAAAGUUGUCCUGGUCUAACAAGUACAACAAAGACGGAGACCUCAAUUAAUUCAGUCUGUAGUCGCCCACACGGUCCUGAGGAGAGGUCUAAUCAGGCGACAGAAGUGAAAACACCUGUGUGGGUGUAACACGGAGGUGCAGUGGGGUGUUCAGUGUGGGAGUUUUUGAGACAUCUGUUUCUCUUCAGAACAUUUUCAGUAUGCUGAUAAGACGUUAUGUAACCUUUUUAUUUAUUCAUCUUUUUCUUUCCUCGCUCUCAAAAGUAGCUAUUUAACCCUCCACUUUUUGGGGACAUUUUGGAGACACAAAGCUGCUCUAGAUAUUUCCGUGGAUGCGAACACACCAACUGUUUCUACUGAUAUUACAGCGAGUGGGUUUUUAUCGGUUCAGGAUUUGGCAAACUGCAUCUUUUUAAGUGCAAGCAAACAAAAUACUCUUUUAGAUAUUUACAGAUAAGAUGAGCAGUUGUAGUUUAUUGUCUGUUUAAAUGCUUUGCUGGACCAUAGACUGUAUAUAAAGAUGGAUGACGUGUCGCCACUGAACAAAAAUGAAGCCAAAAUAUCCAUAAUUUGGAGCCAGAGUCUGCACAGUAGUGAUUGGGGUUGAAACUAUCGUAUCAAGGUCUCGUCCAUACACGAGCAGGGCUCAGCCAACAGCUUUUUAUAGCAUCAAACAGCUCAUUACAAUCAAAAAUGAUCAGAAAAACGAACAUUUGAGCACAUGAGUGUGAUAAGAACUAAUUAAAAUGACAGAAAAUAAAUAUUUGACAUGUACUGUUGAGCUUGGGCCCCACGUCCCAUAUCGGGGUCAGGUUACAGUGAUAGAUAGCAAUAGCGAAAGUCAACCUCGAUGAGCAAUGAGCGCAUGUCAGCGUAACCUCUUCAACUCAGCCACAGCGUUUAGCAGCACUCCAAUACAGAUGUUGUUGCGGGAUCCAGCUGUUUUAUAAUGCGAGAUGCUCAGCAGACCCGUAGAUCCCAACUUGAGUUUCAUCGUAGUAGGUGUAGCAGAACCGUUGACCGAAGUCGGAUGAGAUAAUGAAAAGGCUGAAAGGGUCGGCCAGAUGCUUGCUGGGAAGUUUCCAUAACACAUCAACACUUACAAUAAAUUCAUUCUCAUAUAAUUAAACUGAACAUGGCCUACAGCACCCUCUGACAUCUGUGAAGGUUCUCAGUCGUCCAGGGCAUCUUUCUUUGAGAAGGGUUAAAUCUGGGGUAACUUGGUUGUAGAUCCGUGUAGAUCUCAUCCAAGAAACUUCUUCAGUUCUGACUGACUGGUGGGGAAAUCCGAGUACAUAGCCUAGGGCGGGCUUUUUUGUUUCCACUUGGUUCAUUCAGCAACCUCUGUGGCUGGGAAGUGAAGCCUAUGUGGAAGUGUCAGAGACUGUAAACCCUCUAGUGACAGCUUGAGGCUGGUUACUGGACGAGUCAAUCUCCAUAAGUCCCCAUGUUCAAAUGUCCAACAGCAGAAAUAAACAUGUUUACAGCCUGGUACAAAAAACAGUUUUCGUCUCUGUAGCUAAUUUCCCCGUUCUGAACUGUAGAGAGUGAAUUUUGACACAACUCACCUGUUCAGAUUAUAUCAAGGCUUAAAGUUGUGCAUAAUUUACAGCAUGGCCACUUUGAUUGACACAAUGGUGCCAUUAUAGAUGGCUUGUUUGAACACCCAGGCUUCAUUCAAUCCCCCUCAGUUUUACUGAUGAUCCACGUCUCGAACCAACCAGUCAGUCCAGACAUCCAGAGUCAUAAACUGGUCAGAACCAAGAAAAGAAACAUUAUGGUACAUUAUCAUUUUUAGUUAUUUUCUUCAGCUUCAACUGAGAUGUUGUUAUUAAGUCAGUAGCAAUGUUGUCUUGGCAGUAUUUCCACUGAAUGUGAUGUAAACUGCAGACACACUGUUCUGAUUUCGGUCUAUGUAAAUAAUGUAGUAGUUAGUCAGUCCGGGUACGCUACAAAAGUUUAGAUAGUUGGUGGAAAAGUCUAAAAACUGAGCUCAGUGUUUUAAACAAUCAUUCAUCUGCCUCAAAGAGAAAUGAAGUACACUUCCCCCAUCGUUUUGUUUAUUUCCCACAUUGUUCAAUAGGAGAUACAGCUCCGAAUGAAAUGCCAAAAUAAUUUUCUUUGGAUGACCUUAAAGUUUUGCUGCAGGAACAUAAUUCCAUUUUUUUUACUCGCUCUCCUUGUCCGGCCGAAUCCUCCGGUAUAUACAUUACGAUCUGGAUGUACAAUUCAUAUAAUUUCCAGGGUCUGGCAGUGCACUGCAGACUCCUCCAACUUGUACUCAAUCUGUACCUUCGAUAUCACGGAGAAUACCACCAAAGUAAAGCCAGCAAGAAAGCUGGCAGUCAUCCAAACCAAUAAGAGUAUGGAGCCAAAAGAGCAAACAGUGUGCUGCUGUCCUCGUACUUAAGGGCCACACUUGAUUAUAAUAGUAUCUGACUGAUAGCUUGGACUCCAUUUUGAAAGUGAAAUGAUGAAACCCUCAUUAAACAUCUAGUGUGUCACAAACUCACAUGUUUGCUCACAUACUCUGGAUGCUCCCAGUGUCAGUAUGCAGCUCCGCCGUGUGUGAUUGCAGGACCGCAUUGCAAAGUAAGAGCAAAAAAAAAACUCUAUUCCAGCACUUAUUUUGUUGAGUAAUGGGAUUCUCUGAUGUCAAUGAACAGCUGUGACUACUUCAAAGCUCCUUUUCCCUGAUUAUAACCUGGCAGUUCUUACAUCAUUACCCUUUGAGAUUUGUCCAGAAAAAGAGCGACUUGAAAGAUUUAGUGUUAAAGCUACAGUGUGCAACUUUUCACCUCGGGGCAGAAGAGUGAAUCGUUCCCGCCCCAACACUUGUCACUCACCUUGAUGAGUUGUCUGCCCUGAAACAGCACGUUGCCCCGGGCUAAGAUCACUGACAACCCCCGAGCUGCCACAGGCAUCGGAGAAGCAGAUUCCAACCCGAGAAAAGGGGGUAAAAAAGAAAUGUGCUUCUGAAUACAUUUGGUCUGAUGCAAGACGAGCUUCACACUUUGUUUUUGCUGCUGUUGUUGUUGUUGCCGUGAAUCACCUUGACAGAGACAACCUCAACGCUGACUAAACCCACAGAAAAUGGAAAUGAAAUGUCCCGAGCGCCAUUGUGGAGUCAGACGAACAAGUGGAUUUACAUUUGAAAAAACACAGGGUCACUGACAUAGACACGCGCCGCAUACGGAUCACGGCGGGGUCAAGAUGGUUCGCGAUCACACGCGGGACACGUUUAGCUUCGAGGUGGCGAGGUUCAAAACUCGAGUUGACUGCAAACUGUUGUCAAGUGCCUUCUCCCGUCUUCAGCUGAAUCCAACGACAGACUUUAAACAAAGUCUGAUAGAAACGAAUCCGCAUAAGAUUCUCUCUGGUGUAACGGUCAUCAUAACAUCUCUGCAAACUGAUAAACUGGAGUCAUGUUAGCUGACACACAACAUAAAAACUAUGCUUUUUUUUAAAAAUCUUGUAUAAAUUUGUCCUAAUUGUAACUUUUAAAGUCAGUUUAGCAUAAUUUAAUUCUCAGUUGGAGAAAGAUUUUCAGUUCCGGGGGGAUAAAAAUGAAUGUUGUUGGUGUUUUUAUAUCGCUGGAGAUCAAUUAUGUUUCAAGAAGCAGCGUCUCUCUCUGCAUCUCAUCAGCUUAGCUUGCACGAAAAUGAAAACCACACGAAGUUCAAGAAACUCCUGAAGUACUUUGGAACAUCGAGUUUGAUAAUAUCAUUAUGGCGGUCAUUUUUUCUCCAUGCUGGCAGCAGAUUUACCACCGGCGGCCAGCUGCAGCGGGAUUUGUUUUUCUUUUGGUUCUCUGAUGAUGAAGUUUGUGUUUCCAUAAGGGGAAUUUGUCUUUUUUUUUUCUUUUUCUUUUCGUUGGUCCUGGUUAGCCAGGUGAGAGUAGUUCUUAUUUAUUCAACAGUCAUAACUAGAAAAACAGAAUAGCUGAACAGGUGGAAGUGUCUGGGUCUGGGUGUGAUGAAGAAAGUAAGUCUUGGUAAUAAUAAAGUAAUGUUUUUUUUUUUAAGUUGGUCUAUUUUUUCCCUUUUACUAAAACUCCAUGGGUCUUCAUGUAAAACCUGACUGCACCGGUGCAAGAAGAAGCCUCAAAGCAGCUUCUCACAAAUCUGAUGGGACGACACUUUCUGUGUGAAGUCACUCGCCUGUAUCCAAAUACCUACCGGCCCAUGAAAUGGAUCAGAAUAAUUGUACUCUACACAUGGUUGACAGCUUCUAAGCACGUGUUAGCAAUACUGUCAGACAUCACCUGUUUUUUUUUUUUGCAGCUGCCAUCUUGUGUGAUCCUUCAGUUGUCUGAAUUUUCUCAUUUCAGCUCUGAAAGAUGACGAUGUUUGAAUGUAGUUUAGAUUACUGGCAGAGUGAGGUACACAGCACAGCCUUCACUGGACUUCUUUACCUGCUGUCUGAACGUGAUAACAAACUCCUUUAACUCCUGCUCACUGUUGAAAUCUGUGUAUUUGCUCAUUCCGGUAACAUCCCACGUGUUUUUUUUUAUGUAGUUUGUGUUAAAUAUGUUCAUGCUCUUUGUGUGUUAAUUCAAAUUGGGCUGGGUGGUUUGUAACACUUUCUUCUUUGGUCUGACAGACUCAGAACAUUUAUUCUUUAAAAGAAGGAAAAGAAAAGAAAGAAAUGUGAUUUCCUUUUUUUUAUUUCUGAUUUCUGGAUCCGAGUUUUACCAUUUCCUCCAAAUCAUUUUUUUUUAAUCAAGACUCACUCUUGUGAUAUUUAUGUUCUUAAUAAUGAAAUAAAUAAUUUACUACACUGGAA